AUGGGUGAUCCACUAGACUGCGAUGAUGAUAAAAAGGAUUACUACACUGGUGAACCUCGGACACACCACAAAUUCUAUUUUCCUGAUGGAAAUAUAGUCUUUCAGGUUGAAAAGGCAAUAUUCAAGGUUUAUCGGUAUACACUAUCCAAGCAUUCUACAGUCAUCCGGGAUCUAUUUAGUCUUCCCGAGACUACAUCUGAUAAGGAUGGGACUGACGAGAAGCCGUUGGUGUUCGUUGAUGAUAGCGUGAAAGGCUGGGAAACCUUUCUAAAGUUACGUAGGGAUCCUAUUCAGUUGAUUGAUGUCUUCUCUGGCGACAACUUGGACCAUGUCUUUCCCCUCGUGGUCAAAUAUUCGAUGGAAGAAAUUGAGCAAAGCAUCCUGAAGCGCCUGGACACUUGCAGCUCCGUGGAGGACGCUACAAACCUCAUAGUAAUAUCUCAGAUGCUCAAUUCGGACCAGCUCUACCAGAAGGCGAAAGCCGUCCUUGUAGGUCACAAUGAUUCACUUAGGUUGGAACAGGCAAAUAGAAUAGGAGCCAUUGCUACUUAUGGAGUUAUGGCUGCACGUCAGGUGAGAAAUCAAGAGAAGAUUCUGGAUUCCCUAGUGUUGAAUGAUGAAUUCUAUCGAUUACUACGGACACUGGGAGCGAGAUGGAAGUAUAGUGAAGGAUUUGGGCUAACCAGAAAGAAAUUUGAAAGCACUGGUGUUGGCGAUACGAGACGGUGUAAGGUGGCGCCUAACUUGUUUACCACCAAACUGUUUCUCGGAUCUGAACACGACCUUUGUAACUUUAACUCUCAAACUCAUGGCGG